AUGCUCCAAGCCCAGGGGUUCAGGAGCAGACCUGGGACCCCAAGGCCUCCUGUACGAAGCAUACGGCCCUUUAAGUCCUGUGAGCAGUACCUGGAGGCCAUGAAGGAAGACCUGGCCGAGUGGCUGCGGGAUCUCUAUGGACUGGACAUAGACAAGGCCAACUUCCUGCAGGUGCUGGAGACGGGCCUGGUGCUGUGCCGGCAUGCCAACGCCGUCACUGAGGCCGCCCUGGCCUUCCUGGAGGAGGCACCUAGCCAAGCCCAAACGAUUCCCAUGCCCCGGGCUGGAGUUUCUUGUAACGGGGCGGCCCAGCCGGGCACCUUCCAGGCGCGGGACAACGUCUCCAAUUUCAUCCAGUGGUGUCGAAAGGAGAUGGGCAUCCAAGAGGUGCUGAUGUUCGAGACCGAGGACCUGGUGCUGCGCAAGAACGUGAGGAACGUGGUGCUGUGCUUGCUGGAGCUGGGCCGCCGGGCCUGGCGCUUCGGCGUCGCGGCGCCCACACUGGUGCAGCUGGAGGAGGAGAUCGACCAGGAGCUGCGGCGGGAGCUGGCGCUGCCCCCGCCCGACCCGCCGCCCCGGCCGCCCGCCCGCCACGCCCGCCACUUCCACAACCUGGACCAGAUGGUUCGGAGUCUCGUCAGCCACUGUACAUGCCCCGUUCAGUUCUCCAUGGUCAAGGUGUCCGAAGGGAAGUACCGUGUGGGGGACUCCAACACCCUCAUUUUCAUUCGAAUCCUUCGGAACCAUGUGAUGGUGCGUGUGGGUGGUGGCUGGGACACCCUCGGUCACUACCUGGACAAACAUGACCCUUGCCGGUGCACAUCCCUCACACAUAAGCCAGGAAGCUUCCUGAAGCCCCCAGCCCCACCGGUGCAGCAUGAAGUGAGGGUGCAGGACGGGCCCUCGCAGCCCCAGCCCACGAUGACCGUCAGCCGCUCGCAGACCCCACUGCCACCUGUGGACUGGAAGACAUAUACCUCUCCAGGCCGAAAGCUGAGGCCCCCUACCUCCUUCUCUUCCAGCCCCCGCAGUGAUCGGGGUGCAGGGAUGGGGGUCGUCAGAGAGAUGACAGCACCUCUGAGGUGUCGGGAGAGGUCACUCACCCCAUCUCGGAGGCAGCGAGCAGCUGGGGACAGUCCAUUCGGCCCGCACUCCUCCACUACCCACAGGGGUGGAGACCCUCAGGGCACACCGGCAGGGGUGCAGAAGGACAGACAGCCUCCUGAACUCCUCAGGGGAAGGACUCCCACUUCUUGGGUCCAUGAGGAGACAGACAGCUGGGGACGCCAUGGCAGAGCACCCACCCCACAGGGACUUCGAGCCUCCAAGAUGACCACUAGAGGGACGCCAGCAAGAGGAACAUUACCCCUGCCUCACUCCUCCAGCCGAGUCAAGACCCUGAACCCCAAGCAGCACCCUUGGGGUGAAGCUGAGGGUGCUUCCCUCCAAUUCAGGGAGUCAGACACCAUCCAUUCUCCUUCCUCUGUUAGGGGGUCCACCAAGAUCCCCACCCAGCUGACCCCUACGCACCCCCACACUCCAGGAAGAAGCUCUCCAAGCCUUGCAAAUGGAGCUCCCAACACAGAACAGGAGAGAAGUCCCCACGCAUUGUGGGCUGUGGCUGAAGAUCCGGCUGGGUCCAGACCUGGGGACCACCAUGGGAAGGGGAGGCAGGCGGACCAGACCCCAGACAUCUGGGUUACAGGAGAUGCUGGAAAACCCCCAGGACCUGGGCCUCAGGAACAGGAGAGGAGGGAUACCCACAACAGUCUGGAAGAGGAGAUCUUGGCCAAUAGGAAGCUACUGGAGGUCAGGGGUGCCUGUCCCCGAGGCACAGGGUCUGGGAUCAUCCCUCGAAGUGGAGUCUAUGUCCCCAGCCUGGGUGGGCGCUGGCCAGAGCCUGGGGGCACUUAUGAAAAAGUCAUUCAAGAACUGGCUCAAGGUCCCCCACCCCUCUUUAAAGUAGACCUGGGAGCCUGGCAGACAGUUCCUACAGGGUCCCCCAAAUCAGCUGUUACUCUAAAUCCCGGAAGAACAAAGGGGAAGUUGGGAAUUAGAGAGGAUGGCCCAAGGACUGGAUCAACCCUGAGUGUCAAGGACCCCAAGAUGGGGAAGGGACCCCUUCAGCAAGCAAAGGACAGCUCAGCCCCUAGUGCAUCUGUCAUCCCAGAAGUCACCACACUUCUGCCCUCUGACCCCAAUCCUGACAAAGUCAAUGCAUGUACAAACAAGGGCAAGAGAACACUCCGGAAGCCUCAGAGGAUCCCAUCCAUCUACAAGCUAAAGCUAAGGCCCAGAAUCCGGCCUCGGCGGGACCACAGGCCUGAGAAUCAGCCUUCACGCAUUCCCAGGCCGCUGGCCUACCUCUGCCUGGCUCCAAUCAGGACGUCCCCCAGGCAGAGGCUGAUGGGCACAGCCCUGGGCAGCAAGGAAGGGGAAGCAUCCCCAGUGAAUAAGGCCUUGAAGGAGGGGAGAGAGGACGAAGGGCAGGACACUACCUUGCAGAGCAGCCUUCCACCUUCUGAGGACCAGAGGCCUCAGGAGCGUAACCAAAGCCCACGCACCCCUGAGGAGUCGUCGUGGGUCUGA